CUCGGGGCCCCUGGGACGUGCUCUGGCCGCCUCGGCUCCUGCCCUCGGGCCCGUGGCCGCUGUCCAGGAGCCCCGCUCUCCCCUGCAGGGUUAAUUACUUCAAUUUUAAAGAACUUUAAUAUUCCUGGGGACUUUUCUCAAAGGAUCAUUUUUASUUCUACUCAAGAGAAAGCUCUGAAUCUAUCAAGUAGUUCUUAAAGUCCUUUGUGUGGGUUACGUAUAUAGAUGUUUUCAUGAAGAGGAGUGAAAAGCCAGAAGGAUAUAGACAAAUGAGGCCUAAGACCUUUCCUGCCAGUAAUUACACUGGCAGCAGCAGACAAAUGUUGCAAGAAAUUCGGGAAUCCCUUAGGAAUUUAUCCAAACCAUCCGAUGCUGCUAAGGCUGARCAUAACWUGAAUAAAGUGUCAACUGAAGAUCCUCSACAAGUGAGAAAUACACCCAAAUUUGGGACAUAUCAUAAAGCCUUGCAAGAAAUUCGAAACUCUCUACUACCAUUUGCAAAUGAAACAAGUUCUUCCUCUCGGAGUACUUCAGAAAUUAAUCCACAAAUGUUUCAAGAUUUKCAGGCUGCUGGAUUUGAUGAGGAUAUGGUUAUACAAGCUCUUCAGAAAACUAAUAACAGAAGUAUAGAAGCAGCGAUUGAAUUCAUUAGUAAAAUGAGUUACCAAGAUCCUCGGCGGGAGCAGAUGGCUGCAGCAGCUGCUAGACCUAUUAAUGCCAGCAUGAAACCAGGGAGUGUGCAACAAUCAAUUAACCGUAAACAAAGCUGGAAAGGCUCUAAAGAAUCUUUAGUUCCUCAGAGACAUGGCCCACCUCUGGGAGAAAGUGUGGUCUACCGUUCUGAAAGUCCCAACUCACAGACAGAUGUAGGAAGACCUUUAUCUGGAUCUGGUAUCACAGCAUUUGCUCAAGCUCACCSUAGCAAUGGACAGAGAGUGAACCCCCCACCACCACCUCAAAUAAGGAGUGUUACUCCUCCACCACCUCCAAGAGGCCAGACUCCCCCUCCACGAGGUACAACUCCACCUCCCCCAUCUUGGGAACCAAACUCAAAGAGGUAUUCUGGGAACAUGGAAUAUGUAAUCUCCCGAAUCUCUCCUGUUCCACCUGGGGCAUGGCAGGAGGGCUAUCCACCACCACCUCUUAACACUUCCCCCAUGAAUCCUCCUAACCAGGGACAGAGAGGCAUUGGUUCUGUUCCUGUGGGCAGACAACCRAUCAUCAUGCAGAGUUCUAACAAAUUUAACUUUCCACCAGGGAGACCUGGAAUUCAGAAUGGUGGUGGUCAGACUGACUUUAUGAUGCACCAAAAUGUUGUCCCUGCUGGCACUGUGAAUCGGCAGCCACCCCCACCCUAUCCUCUGACCCCAGCUAAUGGACAAAGCCCUUCUGCUUUACAAACAGGGGGGUCUGCUGCUCCUUCGUCAUACCCAAACGGAAAUAUUCCUCAGUCUAUGAUAGUGCCAAACAGAAACAGUCAUAACCUGGAACUUUAUAACAUUAAUAUACCUGGACUGCAGACAACUUGGCCUCAGUCAUCUUCUGCUCCUGCCCAGUCAUCCCCAAGCAGCGGGCAUGAGAUUCCUACAUGGCAGCCUAACAUACCAGUGAGGUCAAAUUCGUUUAAUAACCCCUUAGGAAAUAGAACAAGUCACUCUGCUAAUUCUCAGCCUUCAGCUACAACAGUCACUGCGAUCACACCAGCUCCCAUUCAACAGCCUGUGAAAAGUAUGCGUGUAUUAAAACCAGAGCUACAGACUGYGUUAGCACCUACCCACCCUUCUUGGAUACCACAACCAAUUCAGACUGUUCAACCCAGCCCUUUUUCUGAGGGUACUACUUCCAAUAUGGCUGUUAUGCCACCUGUUGCUGAAGCUCCAAACUAUCAAGGUCCACCACCACCUUAUCCAAAACAUCUGCUACACCAAAACCCAUCUGUUCCUCCAUAUGAACCUGUAAAUAAAUCUAGUAAAGAGGAUCAGCCUAGCUUAUCCAAUGAAGAUGAGGGUGAGAAAAGUUUUGAAAAUGUUGAUAGUGGGGAUAAAGAAAAGAAGCAGAUUACAACUUCACCUAUCACUGUUAGGAAAAACAAGAAAGAUGAAGAGCGAAGAGAAUCUCGUAUUCAGAGUUAUUCUCCUCAGGCAUUUAAAUUCUUUAUGGAGCAGCAUGUAGAAAAUGUCCUCAAAUCUCAUCAGCAACGUCUGCAUCGUAAAAAACAAUUAGAGAACGAAAUGAUGCGGGUUGGAUUAUCUCAAGAUGCCCAGGAUCAAAUGAGAAAGAUGCUUUGCCAAAAAGAGUCUAACUACAUUCGUCUUAAAAGGGCUAAAAUGGACAAGUCUAUGUUUGUGAAGAUAAAGACCCUAGGAAUAGGAGCAUUUGGUGAAGUGUGUCUAGCAAGAAAAGUAGAUACUAARGCUUUGUAUGCAACAAAAACUCUUCGAAAGAAAGAUGUUCUGCUUCGAAAUCAAGUCGCACAUGUUAAAGCUGAGAGAGAUAUACUGGCUGAAGCUGACAAUGAAUGGGUAGUUCGAUUAUAUUAUUCAUUCCAAGAUAAGGACAAUUUAUACUUUGUGAUGGAUUACAUUCCCRGGGGUGAUAUGAUGAGCCUCUUAAUUAGAAUGGGCAUCUUUCCAGAAAAUCUGGYACGGUUCUACAUAGCAGAACUUACUUGUGCAGUCGAAAGUGUUCAUAAAAUGGGUUUUAUUCAUAGGGAUAUUAAGCCUGAUAACAUUUUGAUUGAUCGUGAUGGUCAUAUUAAAUUGACUGACUUCGGCCUUUGCACUGGCUUCAGAUGGACACAUGAUUCCAAGUACUAUCAAAGUGGGCCCAUGUUAUUUCUACCACACCACACUGCCUCACCAAGAUUCCUUCAAGCGCUAAUGGAAGUGAGACCAUCCUCGGCAAGAUAGCAUGGACUUCAGUAAUGAAUGGGGUGAUCCCUCAAAUUGUCGAUGUGGAGAUAGAUUAAAGCCAUUAGAGCGGAGAGCUGCACGCCAGCACCAGCGAUGU